AGCAACGCAACCGAACAGCUCAGCAUUUUACGUACAAACACUUUUAUAAAAGGCAUCGAAUUUUACGUUCAAUAGUAGUACGCAAUCGCCGGUCUACUCGUACAAAUCAAAUCAAAUCAUCUUUUAGUAUUAAUCAGUUAAACCAUCAUUUGUAGAAUUUAAUAUAUUCUUAAAUCAAACAUAACUUAGUGUAUUUUUUAUCUCACCAUUGAUAAUCAAUAACUUGCAAACUCUAUAAAAAGGGACUCGCUUCGUACGUAGUGACGCACCUUUUUACAUGGUCCUUCGAGCCGGAUCUCGGGUCGCGAAGUACAAUUCGGAAGUACUGUUCGAAAGUGUUUUGUGAAUCCGGGAUCUUACUACCAGUAAUUAGAUAGAGAUAAUAAGCAGUGCACAUCAUCAGAGAACGCUACAUCGAGAGUGGAGCUGAAUCGUAAGGAGAAUAUAAGGUCAGACCAAACCAUUUUAUUAAUUCAUUUAAUUGUCUUUGCAUUUUAACAUGGAGGCACUCUCUAUCAACCAAACCGAGAUCUACGACGCUUUAGUUAAAUUCUUGACUAACUUCAAGAAAGAUGGAGAAGAUAGGAAAACCAUAGAUUACUGUAAGAGGAAAUUAGAGCUAUUAGAAAAUUACUGGAGAGACUAUCAACGGAAUCAUAGAAAGUGCUGUGAAACCGCUGAACUUGGUCAUGAGUAUUUUAUUAAUAAUUGUUUCGAUAAGGCCGAAGAAGUAUAUUUGACUGCCAAAAUGUUAAUUACGAAAACCAUGGAAAAUCUCUUGUCUAAGCAACAUGGAGUUUACCAGCUGCCUCCAGAGGCAAGUGCGUCAAACCAAACGCCGAGCGUAUCCUAUUCUAAAACUAACCAACCACAGACUAAUGCGAAGAGCGUAGAACGUGUCAGCAAAUUGAGUGACAUGAUCAAAAAGCAAACCAUCAACUUUAGAGCCUUUGAGAGAACUGUAGCUACUUUUGAAGUGGAGAAGUUACAGAACAAAUGGGAGUUUGAGGAUGCUCUGAAAUGUCUUCAAAGUCGUUGGACUGUCAUUGAUAGUCUGCACUGGGAGAUAGAAGGCGAAGACGGCGAUGAAAACAUGUGGUAUCAAAAUGAAUUUAGCACGCAUGAAAAAAUUUAUAUAGAAAUGAAGAAAACCAUCAAUUCGAAAAUGUGGUCUGAAACACAUCGGGAUAAAUCUACUCCAAAAAUAGAUAUUCCAAUCUUCCAGGGUAACUACCACCAAUGGACUUCUUUUAAAGAUUUAUUUACUGAAACCAUACACAAAAACCCAUCUUUAUCGAAUGCACAAAAAAUGCAGUAUUUAAAAAGUAAAAUCACGGGAGAAGCCGAGCGUUUGAUCUACCAUCUUCAAAUUAGCUCGGAAAAUUAUGAAGUAUGUUGGGAGAUACUUAAUCAUAGAUACGGUAACCAGAGGCUUAUAUUUACAUCCCAUCUUAAUUUAUUAUUGAACUUACCAAACAUGUCAAACCAAACAAUGGAAAUGUUGAAAAAGUUGCAUGAUGUAACCAAAGAAUGUCUGCACGCUAUACAAAAUCUAGGCGUAGAUAUCUCCACCUGGGACCCACUCUUGGUUCAUUUGUUAACCCAAAAAUUAGAUACUGAGUCGUUCUCCGAAUACAUGGAGUCAGUAAAAAACCCCAGGGCUUUACCUAUUUUGCAAGAAUUCCUUGAUUUCUUGGAAAAUAAAUUUACCGCAUUAGAGGCAUCGAGGCGUAAACAAGAAUCGAAUUAUCAGAAAACAAAUCAACCAUCUCAUCAAAACCAUUCAUACCAGAAAAAGACUCUUCAAUUUAACAACCAUCAGCAAUCUUCAAACAACAAUAAAUUCUAUAACGGGAAAAAUAUCACGAGGACUAUGCAUGUCUCAAAACCAAUAAUAUGCGCAUUGUGUAAUGCUGACCACGGAUUAUGGCUCUGUGCUCAAUUUUUACAAAUGUCGGAUGAACGAAAAUUAAAAACGGUUAAUCAACUAAAUUGUUGCGUAAAUUGUCUAUUUAAUCACUUUAAUAAACAAUGUUUUUCGACGAAAAGAUGUCGCAAAUGCAACGCAAGCCAUAACACUUUAUUGCAUGAAAGAAUAAUGAUGAAAUCGAAAACAAAUUCGUCAGCAAAAAUAAAUCCUAAAGCUGAGACCAUACCAACCAACGUCUCAACCACUCAUGUGGCUCAGAAUAAUGUGACCGAAACCUUGUUGUCAACUGCAAUCGUCAAGGUGACAGGAGCAGACGGCACUCAACAUACCAUGAGAGCUUUGAUUGACCAAGGAUCACAAAUAUCAAUAAUAAACGAAAAUGCUGCUCAAAUUUUGAAAUUAAAAAGAAAGAAAUGUAAAGGAUCAAUUUUUGGCAUCGGGGAAAAAGAAAAUAGUUGUAAAGGUGUAAUGAACAUUCGCAUCCAAUCUAUAUACAGUGACUUUGCACUGGAAGGAGAGACACUUAUUAUGAAAAGUCUAAUUAAAAGCUUACCAAAUAAAACUUUUGUUCGACCAUCGUGGCCUCACAUCCAAACUAUUAAUUUAGCGGAUCCCGAUUUCUAUAUCAGCCGUGCAGUGGAUUUACUUCUGGGAGCCGAUGUAUACUGCAAGAUAAUGCUAGGUGGCAUUUUAAGAGGAGAUGAUGAGGAUCAACCAAUUGCCCAGCAAACACAAUUGGGAUGGCUGCUUUGCGGGUCAAUGAAACCCCAAUACAACUGCAAUGUUGUUCUUCAUAAUACAGAUGAAUUGCGCAGAUUUUGGGAAAAUGAAGAUAUCCACCAACAAUAUGAAAUGUCCACAGAAGACCAGGAGUGCUUGCAAUUUUUCUUAUCAACCACAGAAAGGCUUAAAGAUGGCCGAUUCCAAGUUCGGCUACCAUUCAAAUCAGAUUCAAAGGAACUACUGGGAUCCACGAAACCAUUAGCCUUGGCACAGUUUCGUAAUCUAGAGAAAAAAUUGCAAAGAAACCAGGAAGUGAAAAAAGAAUACGAACUAUUUAUGAAUGAAUAUAUUACAUUAAGUCAUAUGAAACAAUCAAACACAAACAUGAAACCUGAGUGCUAUUUACCGCAUCACAGUGUAAUUCGAGCGGAGUCAACGACUACAAAGCUACGUGUCGUGUUUAAUGCAUCGGCAAGGUCGCUAUCUGGAUUAAGUCUUAAUGAUAUCCUAUAUCGAGGCCCAAAUUUACAACAAGAUCUUCAGGAACUUAUCCUCAAAUGGAGACAGUAUCAGUAUGUUUUCACGGCGGAUAUUGAAAAAAUGUACCGACAAAUAAUGGUGCAUCCCGAUGACCAACCAUACCAAAAAAUACUAUGGAGAAACACCCAAAACCAACCUAUUCAAACAUAUCAGCUUACUACCGUAACUUAUGGUACGAAGCCAGCACCAUUUCUAGCUAUGAUGUGUUUGAAGCAGUUAGCAACUGCCGAACAGAAAAAUUAUCCUACCGCAGCAAAGGCCUUAGAAGAAAGCUUCUACAUGGACGAUUACUGUGGAGGUCAACAUUCAAUAGAACAGGCAAACCAGCUAAAACUAGACCUUAUAAAAAUACUCCGCAAGGGGGGAUUUAACUUAAGAAAAUGGGCGUCGAACGAACCUCGGCUUCUAUCGGAUCUAGAUAAAAGUUUAUGUAACCAGCAAACGUAUGAGUUCAAACAAUCAGACUCCACCAAAACUUUAGGUCUCGCUUGGAAGUAGAUUAAGAAACGCUAACAUAAAUCCUGAAAUGAAACAUCCAAUAAUAUUACCACAUAAUCACAGAAUUACCACAUUAAUAA